UGCACGACGACACGACGGCAUUGUUUUCACAGCACCAGUCCGGAGUACACAGUAUAGAUUCUCCCCAAUGUCGAAGGAAAUUGCACUUCAAGCCUAUAGGCAUAUUCUGCGAUCCACGCGUGUUGCUUUUCAGGGGGACUUCAACACUCUGGCUGCUGCGCGGUGGCAGGCCCGGCAGACAUUCGAAAAGAACCGCGGACUUCCUACCGGCAGCGAGGAGCUUACCAAGCAAAUAACACAUGCCGAGGACGUGGCCAAAUUCCUGAGGGCGAACGUGGUUCAGGGUCAAGUGGUCGACGAUAAGGGCAAUUACAAGCUUAAUAUACAUGACGAGACCGAGCGUGGGAACAACGAGGAUAUCAAGAACGGAAGUGGAAAGAAUACACUAGCAGGAACCAAAUGCUGUUCAACUUGACUUUUGACCGCCCCAGAAAUGAACCAUGAUACCCAUGAAUACCUCCAAACGCCAGAUGUGAAUAGAUUCCGUAGCUCUCAAGAGACUUUAAUUCCCAGCCAAACU